AUGCUUCUGGGCCCGGGGAUGCACGCCUGCACAGGACGCGCUCCCUCGGCCAAAAAGCAGGAGUUCAGGAUGGUUCCCCCACCACCUGUCAGCAAGCCCCACGUGUGCCUCUCCACCGUGCUCAUCAUGACCAGCCUCGUCCUCAUGGAUGCCUACCUGGUGGAGCAGAGCCAGGGCUCCAAGAAGCUGGGCAUCUGUGUCAUGGUGGCAGUGGGUGACGUGUGCUUCCUGCUGGUGCUUCGCUACGUGGCCAUCUGGGUCGGGGCAGAGGUAAAGACAGCUAAGCGGGGCUACGCCAUGAUCCUCUGGUUCCUUUAUGUCUUCGUUCUGGAGAUCAAAGUCUACUUUGUAUACCAGAACUAUAAAGCUGACCGGAAGAGUCUGGAUCUCAUAGCCCGCAAAGCACUGACCUUGCUGCUCUCCAUCUGCAUCCCAGCCCUCUACAUGUUGUUGGUGGCCACAGAGCACAUGGAGUAUGUCAGGACAUUCAAGAAGAAAGAAGAUCUCCGCAACCGCCUCUUCUGGGUCAUUGUGGACGUGCUGGAUGUGCUGGACAUCCAGGCCAACCUGUGGGAGCCCCAGAAGAAGGGGCUGCCGCUCUGGGCUGAGGGCAUCAUGUUCUUCUACUGCUACAUCUUGCUCCUGGUCCUCCCUUGUGUGUCCCUCUGCGAGAUCAGCAUGCAAGGGAUUGGCAUCAUGCCGCACCGGAUGAUGCUGUACCCCAUGCUGAGCAUGCUCACGGUCAACAUCACCACCAUCUUUAUCCGAGGCAGCAACAUGGUCUUCUUCAGGGACACCCGGGUCUCCGGCAUCUUCAUGGGCAAGAACAUGCUGGCCAUUGGGCUGAAGGUCUGUACGUUUGUGCAGUACCAGCAGCACCGGCACCACGCGACCCUGGGGCCAGACCUGGCCCUGCAGCACAACACCCAGGCCCAGCCCUCCCCAGGGCUGCUCAAGUCCCAGGACCAGCCUACCUGCCCUGAGGAGCUGGCCCAGGACAACACGUGACAAGCCAGCAGGAGCCACAGCCUGGGCACCGCCACGCCUAGCCGUACCUGCAAACCCGAGGCGGGCCGUCGAGCUCCCCACCUGGACAGAGGGCAAUGACCCUGC